GACGGACCACCACCAACGUCUUCCCCGCCGCUCGAUCCCAGGCACCGACGCGACGAUGGUUCGCUCUUCUUCACUUCUUGCCUGCACGGCCUUCCUCCUGCCCGCGCUGGUCGGUGCGCAGUAUUCCAUGGUCAAGGAGUACCAGGGCGCGAGCUUCUUCGACGACUGGAAUUUCUACAAUAAUUAUGACAACCUCACCAGCGGGAACGUCAACUACCUGAGCGCGAAGACCGCCGGACAGGACCAGCUCGCGUACAUCAACGACGCGGGCAACGCGAUCAUGAAGGUGGACAAUACGUCGACGCUCAACGUCGGGGCCAACCGCAACAGCAUCCGGAUCUCGACAAAGGAUCACUUCACGGUCGGGAGCAUGUGGAUCACGGACAUGGUGCAUGUGCCGUACGGGUGCUCCGUAUGGCCGGCGUUCUGGUCUUCCGCACAAGAUUGGCCGAGUGGCGGUGAGAUCGACACGUUCGAGGGCGUGAACCAGGUGACGAUGAACCAGAUGGCGCUGCACACCGCGCCGGGCUGCACGCACCCGGCGAACGCGACACAGACGAGCAAGCUGGUCAACUCGACGGACUGCUCGAUCGACGCGAAUAACAACGAGGGCUGCGUGGUCACGACGCCGACGACGAGCUCCUACGGCCAAGGGUUCGCGGCAGACGGAGGAGGGAUGUUCGUGACCGAGUUUGCAGAGGAUGGCAUCUCGGUCUGGUUCUUCAACCGCUCGUCCAUCCCCAGCGCGCUGUCGGGCAACGCGAGCACGGUGAACCCGAGCGACCUCGGCACGCCGACGGCCAACUGGCCCUCCAGCAGCUGCUCGCCGGCCCAGUUCUUCGACCCUCAAGCGCUCGUCUUUGACAUCACGCUGUGUGGAGAAUUUGCGGGCAACUCGGUCAUCUUCCAGGAGACGUGCUCGGGGGUGUGCUAUGACGACUGGGUGCUCGGCCCGCCGUCGAAUUACGACAAUGCGUACUUCGAGGUGCAGUAUGUGCGCGUGUACGGCGCGACGGGCGAGCUGACGGUAAUAUCGGGCGCGCGGCCGUCCACGCCGUAUCGCUCGGUGGUGGCGGCGGCAGCGCUCGCGGUUGCCGCGGUCGGUGGGGCGCUCCUCGCGCUGUGAGCUCGGGCCAGGCGCAAAAUACAAACAUAUAGACACUGCAUAGAUUUUGUGCUGCAUAUACUAUCAAGGACUAUUUUACAGACCGCAGCGCACGUGUGCACGCAAUGGAUCGUUUUUGGUUUU